UAUUUCAAGAAACCUCUCUUCGUCUAUACCAAUAAAGUACGCCUACCUGUCGCGGUAGAGGUGCACGACCGGGGUGCACGGGACGGGACGUUAGAACCAGCCUACGAGCCAACUGAGGGACAGGGUGCAAAAUAGUUACCUGACCACCCACUCACGCCCCGUCAACUAUAGUGGGACAAGUUCCCAGGCGUUGUUACGCAUUUACAAGCGACGCGCCGCAACAAAUGGUCCUUCGAACCGGAUCCCGGAAGACAGAUUCUAGAACUGGAAGUUGAAGAUUUUUGAAGGUGAAGCUACGAACAGGAACAAGAGAUAUGACUCUCACCAGGUUCCAGAAGGAAGAAUGUGUGCCCUUACGCGCAAAUACAUCGCAACGAACAGAACAGGCGAAUGUGCGCAGAUCAGAAGGGACCACAUCUAUCGAAGCUAUAGCCACGAACUUAAGAUCUUCAAAUAUGGAAUCUUCGGGAUACACCGCGACAAAAGUUACGAAGAUGUUCGAAAAUGGGGCUAGACUCAAAGAACAGAAGACCACUGACGAGAUGAUGGCUGAGUGGAAGAACCAGAACAGAACCUUGAAGACGAUUGAAUCAGGGGGUUUUAUCCGCACGUCAGUUCGGUCUAAGAGAACUGCUGCCAGAUUACGUGACUUAGAAGCAAGAGAAGAACUGGCGCUUUUAGAAUUGCAGCGCGCUGAAGCAGCAGCUAAUCUGGCCAGAAUCAGAUUCGAGAAACAACGAAUCGAAGAUAAAGUAGUUAGUCUGGAUAAAGAACAAGAAGAUAGAACAUCUCACGUUCAGAACUGGAUUCAGACCUCUACUUUAGAAGAAAUAAAAGACGUCAUUCCUGACAAACGAGACUCUAAAAGAAAAUGGUACUUUCUUCACUUCUCUGUCAAACAUCCAUUAAAAAAGAAAGUAAGAAUCGUCUUCGACGCUGCAGCUAAGUCCCGAGGGAGAAGUUUGAAUGAAGCUCUUCUAUUGGGACCAGAUCUUCUGCAAUAUCUCUUCGGGGUGCUAACAAGAUUCCGUCAAGGCCCAAUGGCAGUAGCAGCAGACAUUAAAGAAAUAAUCCUGCAGAUAAAAAUAAGACCUCAAGACAAGGAUUAUUUGAGAUUUUUAUGGCGAGAAGGUCGUCGAGACGCUCCACCGAAAGAAUAUAGAAUGAACACCGUCAUAUUCGGCGCAACUUCAUCACCAAGCACAGCUAUCUUUGUGAAGAAUAGAAACGCAGAAGACUUCAAAGAACGUUAUCCACGUGCAGCAACAGCUAUAGUAUGUAACCAUUACAUGGAUGAUUAUCUUCAUAGCUUUCACUCCGAACAAGUACUUGUGAAAGUUGCGCAAGAAAUAGAUUUCAUCUACAGAACAGCAAGAUUCGUACCAGAAGGAUGGGCAUCGAAUCAACCGAAUUUUCUUCAGCAAAUCACAGAAGAAAAUGUAGACAAGGCUGAAAUAGAGCUUGGAGAAAAAGAAGAGAAAACUCUAGGCUUACGGUGGUUUACCAAAGAAAGCAGCAUCGGGUUUCGUACUUGUCUACGGAACACACCCCAAGAAAUACUGCAAGAAAAAAGAUUUCCAACGAAAAGAGAAGUCACUGGUGCAGUCAUGAGCAUAUUAGACCCGUUAGGGCUGGCAUCACCAGUUUUGAUACAAGGAAAAAAGCUAAUGCAAAUUAUAUGCAGAAGUGGAAUUGGCUGGGAUGAGCAAAUAGAAAAACAAGCUGCACUACUGGGAAGCCGACUAGCUGAAUCACUUAUACAUGAGUUAGAUCUGACAAUCAAGAGAAAGACUUACUGGACAGACUCCAGUGUUGUCCUGUCAUGGAUCAAGUCGGACACCAGACACUUCAAGACAUUUGUGGCGCAUAGACUUGAAAUCGAAAAUGUCACCCAACCACAUGAAUGGCACUGCAUAAAUCCAGACGAUGAUGACACGCGUGAUGUACCAGAAAACUUAUCAAAGAGUCACAUGUGGUUUACUGAUCCUGAGUUUUCGAAACAAGAAGAAGAGUGCUACGUCGAGCCAGUUCAGAAUUCAGAUUCAGUUGAGAUGCAGCAGAUGUAGCAUCGCCAGGUUCGAAGAUUGGUGCUACGCACAAGGGGGAGGAUGUUAGCGACUAGGUUUAAUAUUGUGUGAAUUCUGCGCACGACUUACCUAUAAGUUAGGCAAAGGGCCAUGUCUCGCUGUUUGCCAACAAAAAAGGUGCUUUUCAAGAACUGUUUAAAUUAUGACUCUUCGCGUCGCCUACCUGCUUGACUAAAGUGUUUAAACUCGUAGAAUUUGGGACUCAAGUAGUGUAGUGUAGGUUAAAAGGCCCUUAUGUUUUAGAUUUAUUAGCAGCCUAGCGAGAAUAGAAAUUAGA